UAACAAAAUGAGUCCUGGACUGGAAAAGGAUGGAACAACAAACACAGGAGGAGAAAAAGGUUGGAGACUCAUCAGUGUUUUCUGCUGCCUGCUGAGUAUCAACUCUUUGCCUCAUGCCGUUACAGGAUACGCGAUGAAGACCUGCAAAAUCAGUUACAACGUCGCCAUAUGUGUCAACAUGAAACUCAAGACGAUUCCUCAAGAUAUUCCACCAACAGUGGAAGGUUUAGACUUCAGUUCAAAUCAACUUUCAAACGUCCAGUUCUCAGAUUUCAGAAACCUUACACUCCUCACACUGUUGGAUCUCAAACAAAACAAAAUUGUGCUGAUCCAAAAGGGUGCCUUUGCCAAUCUGACUUUCCUAGAGAAGUUAAACCUCAACAACAAUAAACUUUCGAAACUCGGGGAGGAUCUCUUCGAUGGUCUGAACAAUCUCACUGAGCUCAGGAUUGCCAGUAAUCGCAUCAACGCCGUGGCUUCCUCCGCAUUUACGUCGAUGAAAAGCUUGACUUUUUUGGACAUUUCUUACAACAAACUGCGAGACGUCGUGGAAGUUCAUUCAAUAUUACAGAACCUGCCACAUCUGCGCGUGUUGUACGUUAAAAAUAACGAUUUAACCAGUUUUCACUCGUGGGAGCUGAGCAACAGAUCGCUGGAGCUCGAAUCCCUCGACUUGUCGCAGAAUUCGAUUGCCGUUUUUCAGAUCACCGCGGACAUUUUUCCAAAUCUCACCUGGUUUAAUAUCGGCGGCGCUCCGAGAAAGCAGUGGAUGAUAUGGGACGUGCACGCCGAGACCUUCUUUAGUCAAGUCUCUACUCUCGAUAUCAGUGGGCUUCUAAUGGCUUUUGCCGACAUGAAAUUAUUAUUCGGCACGGUGAACGCUUCGCUCACCUCUCUGAGGAUGAACGCUAUGAAAUACGAUCUCAGAGCGCUGAUCAACGUGUCCUGCACCGUCCCGACAAUGUCCACACUGCAGCUGCGCCGCAACAAACUCAGAUCUGUCACCGCGGACUUGAUCAAGUUGUGCAUUAAUAUAGCCGAGUUAGAUUUAGCAGAGAAUAAGAUCCAAAUCAUUGGUGACAACGCUUUCGGAUCGACGCACAACUUGAGAAUCUUGAGCCUCAGCAGCAACAGGCUUUUAUCCGUUCCCGCUGCCAUCAGGGAUCUAAGUCUCGUAGAGUUGGAUCUCAGCUCGAAUAACAUUUCCAGACUUGAAUGUGAAGAUUUUGUCAAUCAGACGAGGAUGCAACGGCUCAAACUGUACGAUAAUUCAAUAUCAGCUCUAAAAGAAUGCGUUUUUAAGGAUUUAGUACGACUUAAAAUUUUAAAGUUGCAGAGCAACCACAUGACCCGUUUAAACGGUGCUUUCAGAAAUCACUUGCCAGAUCUCAGACAGCUGCUUUUACAUGGAAAUGAACUCACGUCGUUCAAACGCGGUGAAUUCAGCGGCCUGCGGUCGCUCCAGAACUUGUCUCUGCACCAUAACAAACUAAAGACAUUCGAAAAUGGAUGUUUUCUGGGUCUGACCAAUCUCACCGACUUGCUUUUACAGAGCAAUAAUAUCAAAGAAAGGGAGAUAAACAAAGGUUGUUUCAACGACAUGACAAAUUUAAGACGACUGGAUUUGAGAGAAAAUCACAUUAAUUAUAACUCUAGCUCCGCUUUGCCUCACGCGCCAUUUUCUCAACUGUCCCGUCUGGAAAUGUUAGCCAUUCCUUCACAACACAGCCACGGAAAGUCGCAACUGCCUCGCAACUUCCUGCAAGGUCUGACAAAUCUGUCCAUCUUCAACGCGAGGAAUAUUCAACUCCUAUCUCUAGAUAAAGACACAUUCAUUUACACGCCACAGCUGCAAGAGCUCGACAUCAGCUCCAACGAUCUCAACGAUCUCUCUCCAGAUUUGUUUGUCCCGAUUCAGAAGCUGAAAACACUCUAUAUUUCCAGAACGAGCCUCGGUUCACUGUUUUAUCUCACAGAGGCCAAACUCACCCAGCUGGAGUUCCUGCAGGCGAGGAAGAAUCAAUAUUCAGUUAUCAGCGAGGAAAUAAUGAAGUCCCUUCCGGCUCUUGUUUAUGUGGAUUUCCAGGGGAACAGCUUCACCUGCGACUGUGAUAACGCCUGGUUCAUCGAGUGGGCGAAAGACACCAACAAAACACAAGUUUUUGACGCUUAUAACUUUAAGUGCAACUACCCCGUGCACCUCAGAGGCAUGAAACUUUUUGACCUGGACAUCCAGCAAUGCUCAGUGGACACCGAAUUCAUCCUCUUUGUCUCCAGCACGUGUACAAUCCUCCUCUUUAUGAUGGUGUCCUUCGUCUAUCACUUCCUGAGGGACCACCUCGUCUACAUGUACUACCUCUUCUUGUCUAAGAUCUUUGACCAAAGGCACAAAAAUAAGCAAGUGCGCAGUCAGUAUGACGCCUUCAUCUCCUACAACAACCACGACGAACCCUGGGUCGUCAGAGAGCUGCUGCCCAAACUGGAGGGAGAACAGGGCUGGAGAUUCUGUCUGCACCAUCGAGACUUUGAACCGGGUAAACCCAUCAUAGAAAACAUCGCAGACGCCAUUUAUGGAAGCAGGAAAACCAUCUGUGUGAUCAGUCGCAGGUACCUGAAGAGUGAGUGGUGCUCCAAGGAGAUCCAGCUGGCCAGCUUCCGCCUGUUCCACGAGCAGAAGGACGUGCUGAUCCUGGUCUUCCUGGAGGAGAUCCCCACCUCGGAACUGUCUCCAUACUACAAUAUGAGGAAGCUGCUGAAGAAGCAGACCUACCUGAGCUGGCCUCGAGCCGCAGAGCACACCGAGCUCUUCUGGGAGAAACUGGGGAAAGCUCUGGAGACCAAAGAUGAGGACAAAUUCGACCUCAACGUAUUGGAGAGACGGAAGAACAACAAAAUGGGUCCUACAGUGAAAGAGAGUGAAACAAAAGGAGGAGGAAAAUCUUGUCUUAUCUUGAUUUACUGCCUGCUCAGUAUCUGUCGUUUGUUUUCUCCCGUGACAGGAUUUGCAUUAAAAACUUGCCUGAUGAGUUGCGACGUUGCCAUUUGUGUCAAAAUGAAACUCAGGGCUGUUCCUCGAGACAUUCCCCCAGCCGUGAGAGGCUUCAACUUGUCUUCAAACAGGAUUCCAAAAAUUCAAGUCUCAGAUUUCGUUAAUCUACCCGUUCUGACACAGUUGGACCUCAAUUUUAAUGAGAUUUCACUGAUAGAAAAGGGUGCAUUUGUCAAACUGACUUCCCUCAAAACGCUAAUACUGAGUAAUAAUAAACUUGUUGAGCUCGGGGAGGAUGUUUUUGACGGUCUGAGCAACCUUGCAGAGCUCAGGAUAGUCAGUAAUCACAUCAAAGCUGUGGCAUGGACCUCCUUCAGGUCGACAAAAAGCUUAAAAUUCCUGGACAUUUCCGACAACAAACUGCAUCCCAUCGGAAAAGUCCACUGCGUGUUACAUCACCUGCCACAUCUACACAAACUAUUCCUUCAAGACAAUGGAUUAACCUCUUUUCACUCGUGGAAACUGACAAACAGAUCACUGGAACUCAAAUCCCUCGACUUGUCCCGGAAUCCGAUGGCAGAUUUACAAAUCACUGCUGAUAUUUUUCCAAAUCUCACCUGGUUUAAUAUCAGUGGCUUUUCCUCAAUGCAUCCACUGAUAUGGAACGUGCAAAACCGAAGUUACCUCCGCGGAGUUUCCACUCUUGAUAUCAGCGGGCUUCAAAUGUCCUUUGCCGACGUGAAAACAUUGCUCGAGACCGUAAACGCCUCACUCACGUCUCUGUCGAUGAAUUCUAUGAAAGAUGAUCGCAAAGCGCGGAUCCACCUCUCAUGCGCCGUCCCGACGAUGUCCACGCUGCAGCUCCGCCGGAACAAACUGAAAUCCGUCACUUCAACAUUGUUCAAGCUGUGCUACAACGUCACCGAGUUAGACUUGACAGAGAAUAAGAUACACUGUGUUUGUGACGACGCCUUCAAAUCUCUGUGGAGUCUAAAGAUCUUGGGUUUAGGUCACAACAAGCUUUCAUCUGUACCUGGCGCCACAAGGGAUCUGCCAAGCCUGGUCAAGUUGGAUCUCAGCUCGAACCGUAUUAGCAAACUAGUAUGUGAUGACUUUGCCAAUCAGACAACGCUUGAAUGGCUCAACCUUGAUGGCAACUCAGUAUCGGUGCUAACAAAAUGCGUUUUCAGGGACUUAGUACAACUGCAAGUUUUGAAGUUAGGGAACAACCACAUGUCCAAGUUACACGGUGCCUUCACAGAGCACUUGCCAAAUCUCAGACAGCUGUUUUUGAAUGGAAACAAACUCACGACAUUUAAACGUGGCGAAUUUCGCGGCUUACGGUCCCUCCGGAACUUGUUACUACACGGAAACAAAAUAGACACACUUGAAAACGGAUCUUUCAUCGGUUUGACCAACCUUACCGAUUUGCUCUUGCAGAACAACCACAUUACAGGAAGUGAAAUAAACGAAGGUUGCUUCAACGAUCUUGUCAAUUUGAAGAGAUUGAAUUUGAGGCACAAUCACAUCAACUAUGAAAAUAGCUCGGCUUUGACUCAAGCACCGUUUUCUCAGCUGUCCCGCUUGGAGACGCUCGCUCUUCCAUCUCAGCGCUGCAGGCUGAGAACUCACCUGCCGCGUAACUUUCUCCAAGGUUUGAGAAACCUGUUAGUUUUCAACAUCAAGAACAUCAGACUUUUGUCCUUGCACAAAGACAUGUUCACGUACACGCCUCGGCUGCAGCAGCUCAACAUUGACACAAACAACCUCAAGUGUCUCCACCCAGAUUUGUUUUCACCGAUUCAGGACCUUAAAAGUCUUUACAUCUCGAGAACGAGUCUUCCGUCUCUGGAUUUUCUCAUUCACGCCAACCUUACCAAGCUUGAGUUUUUGCAGGCAAGACAGAACAACUACUCAGUCAUCAGUGAGGAGAUAAUAAAGUCCGUACCUGCUCUAGUUUAUGCGGAUUUUCAGUGGAACAGCUUCACCUGUGACUGUAACAACGCCUGGUUCCUUCACUGGGCGAAAGACAACAACCAAACCCAAGUUUUUGACGCCUACAACUUUGAGUGCAGCUAUCCUGCACAUCUUAAAGGUAUGAAACUGUUGGACCUCAAUGUCUCGUCCUGCUCGGUGGACAUUGAAUUCAUCCUCUUUAUCUCCACCGCGUGUGCGAUCCUCUCGAUUAUGGUGGUGUCCUUCACCUACCAUUUCCUGAGGUGGCACCUGGUCUAUGCCUACUACCUCUUCUUGGCUUUGCUCUUUGACUCACAGCAUAAGAACAAACAAGGUCCGAGUCAGUAUGACGCCUUCAUCUCCUACAACACCCAUGAUGAACCCUGGGUCAUCAAAGAGCUGCUGCCCAAACUGGAGGGAGAACAGGGCUGGAGAUUGUGUCUGCACCAUCGAGACUUUGAACCGGGUAAACCUAUCAUUGAAAACAUCACAGACGCUAUUUAUAGAAGCAGGAAAACCAUCUGUGUGAUCAGCCGCAGAUACCUGGAGAGUGAGUGGUGCUCCAGGGAGAUCCAGGUGGCCAGCUUCCGUCUGUUUGACGAGCAGAAGGAUGUGCUGAUCCUGGUCUUCCUGGAGGAGGUCCCCACCUCUCAGCUGUCUCCUUACUACCGCAUGAGGAAGCUGCUGAAGAAGCAGACCUAUCUGAGCUGGCCUCGAGCAGAGGAGCACACCAAGCUCUUCUGGGAGAAACUGAGACAGGCUCUGAGGACCGGGGAGGACGAUGAUGGAGAAGACAAUCUCCUCAACAAUAUGGGGGACAGACAUUAAUUAAUAUGAAAUACUGUCCUCUACGUUUUUACAAGCUCAAACCUUCACUGGACACCAGUUUGAAUCGUUUGGACUGUUUUUUUUUUUGGAUAAGAUGGUGCUGUUUUACGUUCUUGAUGCACUUUGUUUUUUGACUUUUCUGAUGUUAUGUCAAUGAAUCCA